CUGAUUUUUGGGGAAUUGUUUUACGAUAUCAUAUUUCAUAUUUUCGCAAAUAUUAAACUCUGGAAUGGAUGGAAACUUCGCAGCUGGCAUGUGAAGACUGUCUCGUGGAAAGUCUCCGGGACCCUUCGGUUCGUGCGCUGCAUGGGUGUCAGUAUUACUAGCCUACUACAUCUCGGCUAUUGCCUUGGGGUUCGGAUUGAAGAGGUUGUACAAGUGAAGGAAGAUGGCAUAAAUUCGGCUUGAAGAGCGAAGACGUGCAGCAGCCCCUGUUCCUGCGUUUACCCCCCUCUCCAUCCUUCCUCACUCUGGAUUGAAGCCGCGGGGCAGCCGGGAGCGGACAGUACAUUUUCUCUCUUUCUGUUUCUACAAGCAAUCUUCUCUUCCCGCAACCUGUAUGGUGGAUAUAAUAUUCAGCUCUUCUUUUUUGGAUGAUAUGGGGGAUCAUUCCAAAAAGAAGUCCGGACUUGCGACGUGUGUAGGCUGCGGCAGUCAGAUCCAUGACCAGUAUAUUCUGCGGGUCUCCCCCGACCUGGAGUGGCACGCAGCCUGUUUGAAAUGUGUGGAGUGCAACCAAAACCUUGACGAGACUUGCACUUGUUUCGUACGGGACGGGAAAACGUACUGCAAGAGAGAUUAUGUAAGAUUGUUCGGUAUAAAAUGCGCAAAAUGCACUUUGGGCUUUAGCAGCAGUGAUUUGGUCAUGAGAGCUCGGGACGGUGUGUAUCACAUCGAAUGUUUCCGCUGCUCGGUGUGUAGCCGACAGCUUUUGCCCGGGGAUGAGUUCUCCCUCCGGGACGAGGAACUGUUGUGUCGAGCAGAUCACGGUCUGGCCCUGGAGCGCGGAUCAGGCAGCAGUCCUCUCAGUCCGGGAAACAUCCACAGCAGAGGAUUACAUAUGGCAGCUAAGCCUGUGUCAGUCCGGCAAACUCCUCAUCGGAACCACACGCACAAGCAAUCGGAGAAGACCACUCGGGUGAGGACGGUGUUAAACGAAAAGCAGCUACACACUUUACGGACGUGCUACAACGCAAACCCAAGACCAGAUGCUCUAAUGAAGGAGCAGCUGGUGGAGAUGACAGGUCUGAGCCCACGGGUCAUUCGAGUCUGGUUCCAGAACAAGCGCUGCAAGGACAAGAAAAGAUCUAUAUUCAUUAAACAGUUACAACAACAGCAGCAUGGCGACAAGACGAAUCUGCAGGGUAUGACGGGCACUGCGCUGGUUGCAGGCAGCCCAGUUCGACACAACCCUUCAGUGCCAGGACACCCGGUGGAAGUGCAGACUUACCAGCCACCCUGGAAAGCUCUCAGCGAAUUUGCACUUCAGAGUGACUUAGAUCAACCUGCUUUCCAACAGCUGAUCUCUUUCUCGGAAUCCGGUUCUUUAGGAAACUCAUCAGGCAGCGACGUGACCUCUCUUUCUUCACAGUUACCGGACACACCGAACAGCAUGGUACCGAGCCCGGUGGAGACGUGAGAGCGACUGCGCGUCAGUUGCGGGAAAUUCCUCUAGCAUCACUGGACAGCGCUCUCAGACUUAUCGCAAAAACCUGCACUAGGAACAGAGGAACCGUUUUUCCUAAGUCCGUGGUGAUACUGGGAGUGAAAUGAUGGAAAGUGAAAUAUAAAAUGUGGGACCAUGUUCACUCGAAAUGGAUAUUCGUUACUCGUUAUGAUGACUGUUGUAUCUAUGAUUUCUGGACAUUUUUUGAAAAAAUCUUUUCAAAUGACUCGAUUUCAGAAGAUGGGAUUUUUUCGUUGUGAAAUUUAUUGGCAGACCAUUUGUGUCUCUGAGCAAAAUAAGUUAUUGUUAUUUAUUGUCACAUCAAU